AAACAGCAGCAGAGUGACAGCUAUGUCGUGUAAAGCCGUAGGUUCGGUUCGGUUCGGAGUCUGGAUGUAAAAAAACUUCGGCAACAGAGGAGAUUUCUGUUGACUUGACUGCAGCAGCUGCUCGACAACAAAGUGAGUUCAGUGUUGAAGAAGCUCGACGAGUCUGCAGUUUGUCUUCGGCUACAACGUCUGGACUGUCAGGUGUUGGGAUGAACAGAUCCAGGUCCAGGUCACAUAAAAAAGGCCCCCAACCUUCAGUCAACAGAAUAACCCGCAGCUCCGGCUCCCAGACCACAGCAGCCGACCCAGCACAGACUCAGGACUCUGGGCCCGGCCCGUAUGGAAAACAGCGGAAGAAGCAGGGGGACUCAGUUCUGGCCCAAGACCUCAGCAAGAUGAGUGUGAGUGGACAAGAUGCUGUACACACGAGUAAAGGAAAAACGUCCAAAAUCAGCAGUGACUCUGUGCAGGAUGGCGGAUCCUCUGGAUCCAGAUCUACGCCUGCUGUCAAGUCAUCGUCCAGAGGCGGCCUCGCAUCUGUGGCUCGACUGGUGAAGCUCGGACGCUGUAAAAAUGUGGUGGUGGUGGCAGGAGCAGGGAUCAGCACAGCCAGCGGCAUCCCAGACUUCAGAACUCCAGGGACGGGACUUUACGCCAACUUGGAAAAGUACAACAUCCCAUACCCGGAAGCUAUUUUCAACAUCGACUACUUCUCCAACGACCCACAGCCGUUCUUCUCUUUGGCCAAAGCUCUGUAUCCUGGCAGCCAUCAGCCCAACUACAUCCACUAUUUCAUCCGCAUGCUCCAUCACAAAGGCCUGCUGCUCCGAAUGUACACGCAAAACAUUGACGGACUGGAGAAACUCUGUGGUAUCCCAGAAGACAAACUUGUGGAGGCUCAUGGGAGUUUUGCUACAGCCUCCUGUCACUUAUGCUACACUCCGUAUCCUGCUGAAGAGGCGAAGCAUGCAAUAAUGAACGACAAUGUUCCCAUAUGCACAUUUUGUGCUGCUACAGUCAAACCUGACGUCGUGUUUUUCGGCGAGGACCUUCCUCAAAAUUAUUUCCUCCACUCAAAAGACUUCCCCAUAGCAGACCUGCUCAUCAUCAUGGGAACAUCUCUACAGAUUGAGCCUUUCGCCAGCCUGGUGAACACGGUGCGCGCUUCUGUUCCACGUCUCCUCCUGAACCGACACGCCGUGGGUCCGUUUGAGAAAGUGCCGCUUCGCAAAGGUGACCACAUGGAGCUGGGCGACCUGGAGGUUACAGUUCGCAGGUUUGCCGAAAUGCUCGACUGGGACUACGAGAUCACAGAGCUGAUGAGAAGUCUCCAAACUGUGAGCAUCCCGACACUGAUAAACAACACUCCAUCAGUGAGUGGACAGACAUUUUGCCAGGCAGAGCCUCCAGGGAGGAUGGAAACGUCCAGGCCUAGACCAGAAGGUCAGAGAGCAGCCAGCAGUGGCAGCGAGGAGACGGAUUCAGAGACGGACAGCAAGAGCUCUGCGUCCUCCAACCUGAGCCACUGACGCCGCACAAUGAUGCAUGAGACCACACUGAGGCUGUUUCCUCUUCAGUUCACACUAAGACCAAUUUCUCACCAGGUUGUUUUUACCUCUUCAUCUUGGAUGUUUCUUGUUCAUAUGUACAAUAUUAUAAAAGGUCUGCAGCCAUAUUUAAAGCACUUAUUUGGUGGGUGAGGGUCCAUCCACCACACUAGUAAACGACGAUGCUUCUGUAAACACUGUUUUCUUAUACGUCAACAACUUGUUCAUGUUUUAUCUCAGCACAUAACUGUAUUUUAAACAAUAUUUAAUAAAAUGGGUUGUUUUUGGUGUCA